GGCGCCGAGUGGGCCACAGGUGGGCCAAGGCCGAGAGAGGGAGAGAGUUUUUCCUUUUACUUUUAUUUUCUCUUUUGGAUUCAAUUUCAAACCUGCCACAAAUUCAAAUUGGAACUCCUCAAGCAUAGGCAUCAAACAAAAAUAAAGUUUUGGGUUCAACAAGAUGCAACACUUCAUACUCCCUUGGAGUUUUGCGUACUAGAGUAUAAUUACAUUUCCAAAUAAAACAACCACUCCUCUACUCUAGGAAAGAAAAAAGAAAUGGGGAGAGAGGAGAAGAGAGGUAACACCUGAAUUUGGUGGAUAUUAGAGAAGAAGUUUAUACCCCCAAUUUUAGGGUGUUACAAAUCCACCCCCUUAACAGAAUCUCGCCCUCGAGAUUCAAGGUUGGCUAGCAAAGAGUUCGGGAUACUUGGCUCUGAGGUCAUCUUCCCUUUCCCAGGUUGCUUCUUCUUCAGAAUGAUGGCUCCAUUUGACUUUGUACAGCCUGAUGGUGCUCCUUUGAGUGACCAUGUCUGCUGUUUUAAGAAUUUGGGUUGGCUUCUCUAUGUAUGUCAAGUCUUCUUGGACUUCAAGAUCCACGGUUAGCAACUGCUCUUCUGGUACUCGCAAAUAUUUCUUUAGCUAAGAUACGUGGAAAACAUCAUGCACCGCUGCCAGGUUUUCUGGUAGGCUGAGCUGGUAGGCAACUUCUCCACGUCUUGCCUGAAUUUGGUACGACCCGAUAUAUCGAGAUGCUAACUUUCCCUUGACUCCGAACCUGCUAACUCCUCUUAUUCGCAACAGAUGAGAAUCAAUCCCACAACCCUCACAUGAAGCAUCCUCUACAACUCCACCCAUGACAUGACUUGUGUCAAGUGUGGGAUUUUGUUGCCCACAUAUUACAACAAACCAAAUGUAAAUUGAUUGUUUAAGGGUGUAAAUGAAUUCAAACGAAAAGGUUGUUGACUACAAAGUUAAAUGACUUUUUAAGUUCUACUACUUUUAUUUUGAUACUUUUUCUAUCCGGGAUCGUUUGCAUUUCAAAUUUGACAAAUUCAAAUGCAAUUUUGGCAGCCCAAAUAAUUUCAAAUGAAAGGUUGUCAACUUUAAAAUUUCAUAACUUUUAGAAAUCUACAUCUUUUACAUACUAGGUCGUUUCAAAAAUUCACUGGCGUUUCAUUGAGUUGGACGAACUAUUUUAUUUCGCUGGCGUUCUACAGCCAAAACCGUCCGUAAAAAUUAGGCACUACCACAUGCAUAGAGUUUUUUUUCUAUUAGUGAUAGAACCAAUCCAAACAAUAAUUAAUUAGGAGCGAAACAUUUUUAUCACAUCAUAUUACAGAAACAAACACUAGAGUAAUGCAGCAGCCACGGCCACAUGCACAACCCCACAGAAUGUGCUGACUGCCAGUCUGCCACAGAACGGAGGCAUCCCCAAACACCUCUAUUUAUACCCCAUUAGCUAGCUUGCUCUCUCUACUCAGUACUCACAAGUCACACACACACCUCACCAGCAGCCACAUAGCACCAAUUAAACCUGUGCAGUGCAGUAGAGCUACUAGCUAGCUCCAACAUAUAUGCAUGUACCGCACACACGCAAACUGAACUAGAGCACACAGGGGCGACGCAUCGAUCGUACCUAUAUCUCUCUACUGCAUUUCUGCUUCCACCAUCACGAUGGGCUCACUGAAGCUGACGGAGAUCGUCUCCAAGAAAUGGGGAGUCGGCGGCAGCAGCAAGGUCACCUCCCCAAGCGCGGCAGCGUGCCCGCGAGGCCAUUUCGCGGCCUACACCCGGGAGGGCCGCCGAUUCUUCGUCCCCAUCGCCUACCUCGCCAGCGACACCUUCCGGGAGCUGCUCAGCAUGGCCGAGGAGGAGUUCGGUGAGCCCGGCGCCCGCCCCAUAGUGCUGCCCUGCUCCGCCGACCGCCUCGAGCAGAUCCUCGACGCCUUCCGCAGCGGCGGCGGCGCCAAGAAGAAGAGCGCCGGCACCGCCGGCAGGAUCGUAAAGAUCUGGUAGCACGUACUACGAAUGCAAUCAAGUUGCAUUACUGCACUCUGCUGCUGCCUAACUGUGAGCCUGAAUCGUCCAUUGAUUCGCUGUAGCUCAACUAGUCAACUACUGAUCGAUGAUCAACCUAGCUUAGCUAGGUAUCCUCGUUAUUGAUUUAUUAAUUAAAUGAUGUUUUUUCAUGCUCUCCCGGGGUGAUCUAGCUACAUGCCCAAUGCAACGUGCAUGUGUGUUUUCAGGAGACCUGGCGUGGCAGGCAGCACUAUUGCCAACCUGCCAUGAUGUAACAUCUUGUGGACUGCACCUUUCCAUUUCUUGAAUUUUUUUUCUUUCUCUGUCUCUCUUUUCUUCUCUUUGAGAACUCUUUUUUUUUCACUGCCAUGACCAGUAUGUACAAAUUGUUGGUUAUUAUUUUGGUGAAGCUGUGCGACGAGUCAUGCAUGCAUGAGUUGUUGGACGGUCGACGUUAAGCACGUUCAUUGUAACAUCAAUUGAUUAUUGAUGUGUAGUAGUAGUUUUGGUGCAAAUGUCCAGAUGAUUUGAA